AUGGACCUUUGCUCGUCGCUGCUAGCAUUUACAUCUAACAGAUGGCGUUAUCACUUCUUGGCCGAUCCGCUGAAUGACAGUGUUGGGCUCCAUAAGAAACGUCCGGGCAUCUUCAACAAGCCACCUCAUGUCUCCAACAAUCCGAAACUGAUUCAGAAUCAGUACAAGAAAGUUGAGGUUGCUUGCAAACUCCUUCUUCCUCCUAUUUCUAAAGGAGUGAAACGCACUCCGCCAAGAGUGACUCAUGUUCCUGACGAGGAUUGGCUCAAUGACGCCCCUGUCAAAACCAUGGACAAUGGGAAGAUGGGCCAAGGCGAUGUGAAUGUGGAGAAUACGUCUACUCCAAAAGUAUCUACUCAGGCGGUGAUUUUCAAUCCCCUGCAGACGAGUACUCCUCGCAAAACUUCUGCACUUGGCUCUCCCUCAAGAACGACUGCCUUGGUUGCUGAAUUGCAUGUCACUCCGAAGAGCUGGGGCAAUAAGAAUAAGUUGCCGUCCCGUAGAAUAGCCGUCAUCUCCACCACAUUGGACGACGCGGAUCUCCACAAUGCUCCAUAA